AUGGAUAUGUACAAAGUUGGAGAAGAUCCAAGUGAAACAGAAUUAUCUUCAAGUGAUAAUAGUACUAUCCCAGAUAUUAAUGGUGUUAAUAAAACUAUGGUUCGAGAUGGUACGAUUUUAAAUUGUAAAUGUAUUAUCACAACUGAUGGUUUAAGGUCUGACAUUGAACUUAUAAAUGAUUUAUUGUAUGGUAUUGUACACUUGAAUAGAGAAAUAUUAAAUGAAAAAAUAGUAUCUAAAAUCUCUGAUCAACAAAUUGAUAGAAACUUAUAUAAUGAGAUUGUUGAUUGGUUAGAUAAAAAAAGAUCUAUAAUCGUCGUUAAGUAUCUGCAGUAUUUAUCUAUUGCAUGCGAUAUGAAUUUUUAUCAAUGUUAUAUAGGAAACCAUCAGUAUCAUGGUCGCAUAUUUGUACCUAUUGAUCAAAAUCAUGAUAUAGUAAAUGCUAUUUAUUAUAUAUGUGAUAACUCAGGACAAAAUGUCAAAGCUAUAUGGAUUACCGAUCAUUCCUAUAUUAAUCAUAUUAAUAAUCGAUUAUCAUUACAAAAACAUGAAAAUUUAGUUGAUAAAGUUGAAUUAUGUAAUAUAUUGAUUUCCUAUUAUAUUCAACAAGCAAAAGCUCUUCAAUUUCAUCAGCACCUACUCUUAGUUUCUAAAUGGCAAUCUAUAUACAAAUGUUAUAAGAUCAGAAUGAGCUUACUGAUUGAUCUUAAUCCAAUCGAAUUACUAGGAUAUUGCCAAUGCUUAAUAAUGCUUAGUAGAUAUACUGAUGCUGAAAAUUUAAUAUCAAAUGUAUUACUACAGACGUAUGAAACGGAUGAGACGUGGCAUAUGCUUUGUCAAAGCACAACGCAAACGUAAAAAAUACUCAAGUUCAACAAAAGAAAAAGAAAAAUAUGAAACGUACACAAUAGCUCUUACAAAUAUUGAUAGAGCACUUCGUUCGAAUGACAAUAAUGAAGAAAUAAAAAAUGAACAAACCAUAAUAAAUAAACUAAUAGAACGGAGAUCACAAAGUGAAACACCUAUAAUGCAUAAUAUCAUACAUAGAAAACGUGCUGAUAAUUGUUCGAUUAUUUUUAUCAGGUGCAGAUAGACCAACUGCAAUAAUAGCACCAGUUGAUGUUCCAGCCAUCAUUUGAAACAUAGAUGAACUGGAU